CCUCCUGAGUCCUGACUCCCCCCGAGCGCCAGUCUCUCUCUCUCUCUCUCUCUCUCUCUCUCUCCUCUCGCACGCCUCGGCGGAGCGGAGCGGAGAGCAACAAAAGCGCAAAAACCCUCGUAGAGAUCGAAACCGCCGCGGCGGGGUGGGAUCGCGUGUUCCGAUCGUGCGGAGGCCUCCCGCUCUUAUCGAGAGGCUUUCGAUCCGCUUGCGAUUUUUUUUCUGGGAUUUUUUUGGUGCAUUUUUUUCGGUUUUUUUGUUUUCCAUUUCAGGUGGCGCGUGGGGGAUCGGUGGAUUCCUGGAGUUGCUGGUUGGAUUUUGCGGUUUGGGAGAAAGGUGGUGAUUCGCUCCGUACACUGUUGAGAUUUCUCUGUGACUCUGCGUUGGUGUUGUUGCUAGUCACAAUGUCAACGUGUCCUGUGCUGAAUGACCGACCAAUUGAUGAGUGGAAGGUUACUGAAUUGAAGGAUGAGCUCCGUAGGAGGGAUCUAUCUAUUAAAGGUUUGAAGGAUGAUCUUGUGAAGAGGCUUGCUGAGGCCCUUCAGGGGGAGGUUAUUGAUGGCGGGGAAGAAACAGUCAAUGGAACUCCCCCUGUGGAGAAUCAGACACAAGACGGAGCUCUUGUUUUAGAUGAUGCAUCUGGUUUCCAGGCUUCAGCAGAACAAAAUGUUGAUGAAGGCCCUGCUGAGGUUGCUGCAAAGAAUGAAGGCCUUGUCUCUGUUAUAGAAGCUAGUACAGAGGGCGGAACUCUUGUUUUAGAUGAUGGAUCUGGUUUCCAGGCUUCAACGGAACAAAAUGUUGAUGAAGGUCCUGCUGAGGUUGCUGCAAAGAAUGAAGGCCUUGCCUCUGUUACAGAAGCUAGUACAGAGGACGGAACUCUUGUUUUAGCUGAUGCAUCUGGUAUCCAGGCUUCAACGGAACAAAAUGUUGAUGAAGGUCCUUCUGAGGUUGCUGCAAAGAAUGAAGGCCUUGUCUCUGUUACAGAAGCUAGUAAAGAUAGUGCAAUUGCUACUACAGAAGUUAGUCAGGAAGCAGUUGUUGCCGCUGCAGAGGUUAGUCCGGAGGCUCUAGUUGCUGUUACAGAGGUCAGUGAGGCCCCUCUAGUUGAUGUGGCCGGAACUAAUGAAAAUUCUCUAGGUGAUGCAGAAGCAACUAAAGAAGGUGAUCCAGAAUCUGUUCCAAGUGACAGUAAUGUGGUGAAGGAAGUAUGUUCACAUGCUGAAAUUCAUUGUGAGGUCAUUGCAGAGAAGACUCCAGACAAUGGCAGCAGCAAGAAAAUGACUGUUGAUGACAUAUCAUCUGAUGAUACCAGUACUAAUACCAAGUUGGAGGAAUCAUCUGCUAAAGGUGAACCAUGUGUCAGUAUAGGCUGUGAGAUUCUAGAACAGGAAACGAAAUCAUCACAUCUUGAUGUUAUUUUGUCACAUGCUGACGCUGUUGCAAGUGCAGAGGAAAUGAUUACAGAGAGCCUGAUUCUUAAGAAAGAUUCCAAUGAGAAUGAUUUAAUGUAUGAGAAGGACCAAAAGGAUUCUGACCACAUAAGCACUGACUGCAAACCCGAGCAGUCUGGACCAAAGGAUCAGGUAUCUGAAGUCAACCAAGAUCUAGAGUCUCAAAUUAAGUGUGUGUCAAUUUCUCCUGAUGAUAUACUAGUCAAUAAAAACGACAAUGUAGAAGGCAACAUGAACGCUGACAAUUUUGAUUUAGGACUAGAGUCUAAGCAGGAUAUUGUCAAGCCAUCAUCCAGCAAUCCCUCCUCCGUUGGUGAUGAUUUGCAGACACCAGAUGAUGACAAAGAGAUAUCUCUGAUCGACAUGUCUCUGCAAGAUACUGAUAUGAGCUUGAAAAAGAAAGAAGGCAGUCCUGAUAGUAUUUAUCCUGAAAAACUAAAUUUGGAUAGGAGUUCAGGAGAUGAAUCAAUGGAGGAGGAUGCGAUGGAAACUAAGCACAUGGAUUCCAAAACAAUACCUGAUUAUCUCGAAGGAAAGAGUGAGGUCACCUUAGAGCAUGUGAGUUCAGGAGAUGAAUCAAUGGAGGAGGAUGUGAUGGAAACUAAGCACGUGGAUUCCAAUACAAAAGUUGAACAUGUGAGUUCAGGAGAUGAAUCAAUGGAGGAGGAUGUGAUGGAAACUAAGCACGUGGAUUCCAAUACAAAACCUGAUUAUCUCGAAGGAAAGAAUGAUGUCACCUUAGAGCAUGUGGUAAAAGAGGUGAUCCUCCUUGAUACUGUCACUGAGGGUUCAUCUGUAGAUCAAAAGGAAGCUAUAAGUCAAGAGAAGCCAGUAAUGCCGACUGAAAAGAGGAAAGCUGAAGAUCAAGAAGUUGUUGCAAAUAAUGAGCCAAUCAAACGUCAGCGCCUAUGGAAUGUGGAUGAUGUCAAACCUGAGCAAGCAACUUCCAAACUAAGUGGUUCUGAUGCUUCUAAAGUUGUACACCCGCCUGCUCGAAGACGUUCUUUUGGCAGGUCUGAUUCAACAGCACGUGGAAAUUCUCCGAAGGAGAGGAUGGUACCACCGCCUCAGAAACCUGCAACAACUUCCUUGAGAAUCGAUCGAUUUGUGCGCCCGUUCACUUUGAAAGCUGUGCAAGAGCUUCUUGGUAAAACUGGAUCUGUUUGUAGCUUUUGGAUGGAUCCUAUCAAGACUCAUUGCUAUGUCACAUUCUCUUCGGUGGAGGAAGCUCUGGCUACCAGGAAUGCUGUUUACAAUCUCCAAUGGCCUCCAAACAAUGGCAGUUCCUUAGUUGCUGAAUUCGUUGAUCCACAUGAGGUGAAGGCCAAACUUGAACCCCCUCCCCCACCUCCAGCACCUAUCAACCCCACAGCAGCUACAGCACCUUCCCACCAAUCCAAGGCCAACCAAAUCAUGCCUCCUCAUGCUGCUGAUACAUCAAGGGGGCUAUUACCCACACCACCAGCACUUGCUAGGCUUCCAACCUUCAACAACGCACCAGCGAGGGAGAUGCUUCCGCCCGCUCCAAAGAACCCAGAACCACCUGUGGUGGUGACUCUUGAUGAUCUCUUUAGGAAGACACAGGCCUCUCCGAGGAUCUACUACAUGCCUGUUUCAGAAGAGGUGGUAUCUGCCAAGCUUGCAGCACGCGGCAAAGGGAAGAAGGCAGCGUAGGGUGGCUCAAAUUUGCUGCUGCUGCUGCUGCCAUGAGUGGUACAAUUUGACACUUGAAGAGGCUUUUGCAAGGGUUAGGUCUUGAGAGCCGAGAAGGUCAUUUUGGUUGUACAUACAACUAGGUGUAGUUUUCUGCAUCUCCGAAACUGUUAGCUGUUGCUCGCCCAUGCCGAUCUGGAUUGUAUGUUAAUUGUGCACCUUUUGAUCGAUGGAGACGAUGCUUACCUUCAAUGUUGAUGAACUGGGGGAAUGCAUAUGUGCUAAGUCGCAGCAUUUCCCCCCUAAACUCGUCGCGCAAACUAUUGGUUCCGUUUGUGAACCUGGCAAUGUUUUGUAAUCCGUUCUUCUGAA